GCCCCGGGUGUGGCCAAGCGGCUGCGGCGUGUCGACUGUGGCGGAGAAGGCCCAAGGGGCUCUGCGUUCUGGAGUGGCGCUGCUUGGUCCGGUGGCAAGUUGCAGGCUGCUGGCGCUGCGGCUGAGAAGAAGAGCGAGUCUGGUUGGCAUUUGCCGUCCGGGUCCCCUCAACGAUGAGUGCUGCCAGGGAGUCCCAUCCGCACGGGGUGAAGCGUUCGGCCUCCCCAGACGACGAUCUUGGAUCUAGCAAUUGGGAGGCAGCAGACUUAGGUAAUGAAGAAAGAAAACAAAAGUUCUUGAGACUUAUGGGUGCAGGAAAGAAAGAACAUACCGGUCGUCUUGUUAUAGGAGAUCACAAAUCAACAUCUCACUUCCGAACAGGGGAAGAAGACAAGAAAAUUAAUGAAGAACUGGAGUCUCAAUAUCAGCAAAGUAUGGACAGUAAAUUGUCAGGAAGAUACCGGCGACAUUGUGGACUUGGCUUCAGUGAGGUAGAAGAUCAUGAUGGAGAAGGUGAUGUGGCUGGAGAUGAUGAUGAUGAUGAUGAUUCACCUGAUCCUGAAAGUCCAGAUGACUCCGACAGUGAUUCGGAGUCAGAGAAAGAAGAAUCUGCUGAAGAACUUCAGGCUUCUGAGCACCCUGAUGAAGUGGAGGAUCCCAAAAACAAAAAAGAUGCAAAAAGCAACUAUAAAAUGAUGUUUGUUAAAUCCAGUGGUUCAUAACUCCCAAAUACUUUGUCUUUGUAUUAAAAGUAAGCCUUAUUGUUAUAAUGCACAGUGGAGGACUGCUUAUAGAGCACAGACCUUUGUAUUAUAAUUUUUAAAAAGGCCCUUUUAAGUAACUACAAAGAGUGUUUGCUUUCAGAUGCCAUGGAUUACACUUUUAUGGGCAUGACUAAGAUCAUUUUUGUAAAGAGUAUGAGUUGUAUAAAAUAAGAAAUAAAUACAAUGCUCAGUUUCCUUUCAUAUUAGCAUCAUCAGACCUCUAAUCUCACCUUUUUACCCCUUCAGAUAGUUGUGGGGGAAACACUAGUUUUUGACUGUGGUAGCUUUUUUGUGUCUUCAUAAACUUAUAAAAAGUUUAUCUGUACUGUGAUGUGUUCAUGAAAAAAAUUAUUUUAUUAUACUUUGUUAUAGUAGAACUAUUCAUCAUGGAUAUUUCUGCUUCCAAUAACAAUCUAAAUUAAUGUUGACAAAUGGUUAGGUACUUAGUUUAAUCUUACUGAUUCAGCUCUACUCUCUUGGACCAAAACAACAUGAGAGCAAAUACUUUCACAUCUGUUAGGUUGGAGUUACAACUGUCGUAUAUUUGGAAUGCUAUGGUCCCAAGCAGUCUUUAUAUAAUAUGAAUUCGAUUGAAUGUUACAUUUUUUUUUAUAAUAUUCAGUGGAGUUUUACUGAAGAAAUUUCUCUAAUCAUUUGGUCCUAUUUAGGAAUAUGUAAAAGUGUUUUUUGGUUUUUUGGUUUAGUUUGUUUUUUAGGUAAUAUGUGACCAAAGUUAAUUUUCUUUCUAAGGCCUAAAUAAAAGAAAGCAGUUUCCCAUA